AUGUUACUAAUUCUUGUUUACUUCUUAUCUAUGACAAAGGCGACUUAUUAUGGCACAGAAUCCAAUAAGGAAGAUGCCUCCAUAUAUGCCUGUCUCCGAGCAAAUGGGAUGUCUGAUUUUGUCAUUUUGGAUGUAUUUACAUAUAACAACCAAAUCAACAAAAACUUUUAUAAAUGUGCCGCCAACGCUUACGCAGCAGGCUACACCAAAUCACAGUUCGAUCUAUUUUUUCAUCUUGGCCCACUGAUAGGCACUUUUGAUGAUUGUGUUAAUCAGAUGAAUGACAUCAUCAAUACUAACAACGUUGAGUUUAAUAUCACGUGGCUUGAUAUUGACGGAGUUGGGUGGUAUAAUCUUCCAGACAUGAACGACGACUGCCUCAAACACGAGCUUGACUUGUUAUUUAAAUACUACCCUAAAGUCGGUGUCGCAGUAAACAAAGAGUUUUGGGAAAAAACUUUUACAAGCAAUUUAACAUACAGCAGAUCAAAUGAUAUUUUACUGUGGAAUGUCGCAUACUCUGUAAAACCAUUCCAAAAGUUCGGAUGGUGGACAGAACCUGACAUGGUUUAUAACACGGGUAAUCAUAUAUGUAGGUAUUAUCAGCACGUAUACGCAAGAAAUAGAAUUCUUUAA